AUGGUAAGGGAGGAAGGGCCCACUGCACCUAAUGAGGUGGUGAACAAUGCUGCUGAGAUUGGUCUCAAUCAAGAUGAGGCAAUGGCUGACAUUGAACUGGAUGAUAUUGCUGAUCUUGACUUUGGAGAUGAGGGUAACUAUGGUGAAGCUGAUAACCAUGGUGAAGCUGAUAACCAUGGUGAAGUUGAUAAUCAUGGAAAGGCUGAUAACCAUGGCGAAGAGGAGAACACCGGUGAAAAGGAGAACACUGGUGAUGAAAAUGACUUUACUGAAGAGGUUCGUGACUUCCGUCGCAUCCUGGGCACUAAAAAGCUCCAAAUUGAGGAGCUUAAGGAAACUUGCAAUGACAUGCAAGCGUCAUUCAAGCAGCUCUAUCUCCAAAUCAGGGAGCUUAGGAGGGAGGGCAUUUACCAACCUCCUCCUGGGCGUAGGCCCGCUCCUGCUGCUCAGCCGGCACCUGCUCUGCCCGCACCUAAGCUUUUAGGCGUUGCAACGGCUAUACAACAUAUACCUCCAACCGAGACCUCACCCUUUGGGUCUCUCUCGGCGCCUCUGCCUGAGUUUAACCAUGGCAAGACGGAGGUGAAGCCUUGGCUUGACCUGGUGGAUACCACCAUGACCCUUGGGAAUGUGCGUCCUGAGGCUCGCAUCACCGCAGCUACUCCUGCAAUGGACGAGGUGGCCCGCAGGGCAGUGUAUGGCGCUAAGAAGCAGGCGCAGGGACCGUUUGAAUGGCCGGUAUUCUGCACCACGCUGAAAGAGGCAUUCAUGUUCGAGGCCGCAGCGCGCAAGCUCGAGAAGCCCUUGACUGAGGAUGAGAUGAUGCACACCUUCAUCAAAGGCCUCCUUGUCAAGCUGCAGCGGGCUCACAUGACCGGUGUAAUGACUAAUUGGAGGACUUACAAGGAGCUGAAGGAGCAGGUUAUCGAAAUCGAUACCACCAUUCGCACGUACCUGGAUGGUCCCGAUGAGCCAGGCCAGCAGGCUCUAGUGGUCGUAGGAACCGACCCAAAAAUGCCAACGGAGGAGGCGGUUGGAACAAGCGGCCAUUUCAUCAGCCUAAUCACCAGCCCGGACCACAGGCCAAGAGGGCUAACGGAGGGGGAGGGCGUGGCCCUAAGACCCCAGACUUCUCCGACAAGCGGUGCAGAGGCUGUGGAAGGAUGGGGCACAUCGAAAGCAGUGCCGUGA